CUCUCUGUCUCAUUUUGUAGUUGCAGUUGCGUCCUCCAGGUCCAGCUGGAAUCUGGAGAGAGAGAGAGAGAGAGAGAGAGGGGUUCGUUGGGCGAUUGACCGGAGCGCGUCUUCUCCACCUGGAAUCCACACGGCGACGCUCUGCCCAUACCGGAGAUCGAAUUUGGAGGGCGCGUGACGAAGAAGAAGACGGGGAGAUCGAUGGACGAGGUGCUUACGGCGGGGGAUGCGACCUCGACGUCCUCGGCCACCACAUCGGGCGCGGAGCAGUCGUCGCUCCUCCCCUACAACCUCCCUCUCAUCUCCGCCUUCCUCGCCUUCGCCCUCGCUCAGUUCCUCAAGCUCUUCACCACCUGGUUCAAGGAAAGGAGAUGGGACUCCAAAAGGAUGCUAGGCUCUGGUGGAAUGCCAUCAUCACAUUCUGCAACUGUCACUGCUCUAGCAGUGGCUAUAGGUCUGCAAGAAGGAACUGGGGGAUCUGCAUUUGCCAUUGCAGUUGUGUUGGCUUGCGUUGUGAUGUAUGAUGCCUCAGGCGUCAGGCUUCAUGCUGGCAGACAAGCUGAAUUAUUAAAUCAAAUCGUUUGUGAGUUUCCUCCAGAACACCCGUUAUCCACUGUUAGACCUCUACGUGAGUUACUUGGGCAUACACCACUUCAGGUUGUUGCCGGUGCUAUUCUGGGAUGCGUUGUCGCUUACCUGAUGAGAAAUACUGACUAGGAAAGGGUUGACAGUAUAGAUUCUUUGUACCACCAUUCAUAGGAUGAUCCCGGAGGGAGGCUUAAGGAAGAUGUCUUCAAAGCUUAUUUGAAAGUGUACUGUUUAAGUUGGUGGCAGAAUAGUGGUUGCAUAUGCACGUCUGCUUGUAAGAUGACUUCUACAUAUCGAAGAACCAUUUCUCCAACUUCCUGCUGUUGGUAACAAUACCGGUAUCCGGAAAGAUUUUUCUCUC